AUGGCUUGGCAGCGAGGUCUGCGACUUGGCAAAGCACAUAUACCGUUGAAUUUUGCUUCCAUUCACUACACCUACUUCAUUUCCAUUUCGUUGCUCUGCUCUGUUAUCUUUUGGGUGUCGUCAGACCCGAAAUUUAGUGUCACCUACGUCGACAGUCUGUUCCUGGUCAUAUCUGGCAUCACAGAGACUGGUCUCAACACUGUCAACCUCAGCACGCUGACGACUUGGCAGCAGACCAUCUUGUGCCUAUUAAUGCUCUUUGGCGGCUCUGUAUGGGUUUCGAUAGGUCUUCUUAUUGCAAGGGAGCGUUCGUUUCGACGAGUUUUGAAGCCAGAUCAUGCUGCCCUGUGCCAGGAUGAGCUUGCCGAGGAACACAUCAACGACAACCCCAGUGUGACAAGAGACCACGAUAUGCAAAAUUGCACUACCGGAGACCUAGAAAUUACAGACGCCAGUCACAAAAGAGUGUGGUCGAGGAGGCAUUCUGUCGAAAGGGUCGGUGCCAGCGUUGGGCCAGCAAUUCAGCACACGGCGCCACUACCAAAGCCAGACACAUAUACAGGAACUGUCAGACAAAGUCAAGACUUACACGUUAACCCUCUCGCAUUCCUGAAUGGAAAGACCAUUGGUAGAAAGGGGUACUUCAUCAAUCUGACACGAGAGGAGAAACGAAAGCUGCUUGGUUGUGCUGGUCUUAGUGCUUGGAUUGCUCACUAUCAACCGGAACCAGCUUUGUCAAAUGGAAUCAACCCGUGGUGGCUCGGAAUAUUUAAUGGCGUCUCCGCGUUCAACAACUCUGGCAUGUCCUUACUCGACGCCAACAUGAUCCCGUAUCAAGGGGCAUACUACGUCCUAGUUACCAUGGGCCUCUUAAUCCUAGCAGGAAAUACGGCGUACCCGGUAUUUCUUCGCUUUAUUCUAUGGGCCAUCUUGAAAGCUUUGAAUGCCCUGCCCCAGAAACCGCUCAUUGUCAGAUGGCGGCUAACCGUCAAGUAUGUCCUUCGCUAUCCUCGGCGUGUUUAUACCAACUUGUUCCCCAUCCAACACACUUGGUGGCUGGUAUUCAUGCUCGUCGUGCUUAAUGGCAUUGACUGGGCAGCGUUUGAACUUUUACCCAGUCCGGUUGUCUCUGCCAUACCGCCGGGUCCACGUCUGUUGGACGGUCUGUUCCAAGCCAUUGCGGUCCGAACUGGUGGCUUCUAUGUCGUCCCAAUUGCGAAUAUACACAUUGGUCUGCAAGUGCUAUAUGUCAUUAUGAUGUAUAUUUCCGCAUUUCCCGUUAUUAUCACCAUGCGCAACUCCAACGUGUAUGAAGAACGGUCUCUAGGUAUCUUUGCCAUGGAUACGAAGAAGGACGAAGAGAACCUACAUGCGUAUAAUAGUGGCCUGAGAUCGGGUAGCGCAAGACGCCUGUUCAUCUCGCAGCAAAUCAGAGGCCAGCUUGCGCAUGAUAUCUGGUGGCUUGCCCUCGCGACCUUUAUCGUCACCGUAAUUGAAGCGCCACAUUUCACUGAGGACCCGGUAUCCUACAGUGUCUUCAAUAUUAUAUUUGAAGUCGUGUCGGCGUAUGGCGGUAUCGGGAUAUCGGUGGGCUUACCCAACCAAAAUUUCAGCUUCAGCGGGGGAUGGAGUGCUACUAGCAAGCUUGUGCUCUGUCUGGUGAUGUUGAGAGGUCGCCACCGAGGAUUGCCGGCUACGAUGGACUACGCAGUACGCCUUCCAGAGAACCUCACAGAAGAAUACAGCGUUGAACACAGAGAAGAACAGGAUAGACAGGCAGCAUCAUCGAAUCUUCACAAGGGAAUGUGA